AUGGUACAUUUGGAAUACGUUGACUCAGUUCCUGAGGAUAAAAUUGAUGUUAAAUCAAUAAAUUGUUGUCAAUCAAAUGAUAAAGUAUUUAAGGAUGAAUGUAUAUAUUGUUUUAGAACACCAUAUUCUGAAGGGGGGAUUUUUGUUUGCCUGGAGACAUUUGCUGGAUUUUGUUUAAAACAUGUCUUGAAUUACAUUAAUCACUAUGAAAAAAAAGUUUUUCUUAAUAUUUCUAAAAAGAAAGUUGAGAAAGAAAUUAGUGAACCACAAGAAAAGAUCUCUAAACUAGCUAUUGGUGUUGUUGGGGGUGCAGAGUAUGAUAAUAUUGAAGAAAUCACUGAAUAUUUUAUUGGUUAUUCAAGAGGAAAUGACAUGUUAAUUGCUCCAAUUACAUCUAUUAAAGGAACAGCUCUUAUGGCAUCAAUUGAAAGUGUUAUAAGAAGUGAUGGAGUAAAAUUACAGGAACGUCUUGCUACUGGAGUAAGUGAAUGGGAUGGUGAAGCUCGUGUUAGAACAAAACAUGCUAAUUUAGAACAAUUAAAUAAUGGUAAAAUUAUUCCAACCUCAGGAUGGGAAUGUGAAGUUGAAGGAUGUGGAUUGAAAGAAAAUUUGUGGUUGAAUUUAACAGAUGGAGCAAUUAGAUGUGGAAGAAGUCAAUUUAUUAAAGAAGGAGUUAUUACAAAAGGUAAUAGUCAUAUGAAGGAACAUUAUGAAAUUACCAAAUAUCCAUUGGUUGUCAAACUUGGUACAGUAAAAGAUGGUGAUGGGGAUAUAUUUUCAUAUGAUGAAGAUGCAAAUGUUUAUGAUCCAAAUUUGAUUGCUCAUCUUGCUCAUUUUGGAAUUAAUGCUAAUGCUUUAGAAAAAACAGAAAAGAGUACAUUAGAGAUGGAACUUGAUAUGAAUCAACAAUGGGAAUGGUCUAAAUGUCAGGAAGGUGGUGCAACUCUUGAAUCUGUCUAUGGUCCAGGUUUCACAGGACUUGUCAAUAUUGGAUCGUCAUGUUAUAUAAAUAGUGUUAUUCAGAUGUUGUCUCAUACUGGUAAAUUUAAAGAACGUUUUGGAGACAGGGGAUUAGAGUUGAUGAGUGGUAUGUCACCAAUAAGUACACAUGAUGAUGUUUUUUGUCAACUAAGUAAACUUGUCUCUUCAAUGUGGUCUGGUGAUUUUUCUAAUCAAGAAGGGCCUGAUCAAGGAAUAAAACCUACUCAAUUUAAAAAAACAAUGGGAAAAGGACAUGUUGAAUUUUCAACAGCUAGACAACAAGAUGCUGAAGAAUAUUUGAGACAUAUAUUUGAAGUAAUUGAUAAGGGAAAUUCUUCCGUUAAAGAUACUUUAAAUGACUUUAAAAUUAAUUUAGAAACCCGUUUUGAAGAUGGUUCAAGCCACAAAGUUAAAUAUAGAGUUAAAGAUGAAGUUGUACUUUCACUACCAAUACCUUUUGAAAAAUCAGAAGAAAUUAUUAAUGAUGAGACAAAGGUAUCAAGAAAAAGAGUGAAACUAGAAGAUUGUAUAGAAGCAGCUUUUGACAAAGAUGUUAUUUAUGGUUUUAUUUCACCAAUCACCAAAGUAGAAGGAGAAGCAUAUACAUCAAUAAGAAUGUUAAAUAUGCCUAAAUAUGUUAUAUUCCAGGUUAGGAAAUUUGAAAUAACUCCACAAUAUACAAUAAAAAAAAUGGAUAUUGACAUUGAAGUACCUCAUCAAAUAAAUUUAGAACCUUUUAGAGGUAAAGGAAAACUUGAGGGUGAAGAACUACUACCAGAGGAUGACGUUCAAAUUGAUACAUGUAAUAGUAUGAUGCUUGGACAAAUAAUGGACAUGGGAUUUUCUGAGGUAGCUUCCAGAAAGGCUCUUCGUUCUACUGGUAAUGCAGAUGUUAAUGUUGCUCUUUAUUGGUUGAUGGAACAUGCUGAUGAUCCUGAUCUCAAUAUUCCAAUACCAAACCAACCAUUACCAAACGGUACCAGAGAAUUUGCUCCUAAUUUAGUAUCUCAAAUAACUUGUCUUGGAUUUGACUCGUACUCUGCUAACUAUGCUCUUGAACAGACUAAUGGUGAUGUUAAUUCAGCUGCCGAAUUGUUAUUCACAAAUCCUGGUUCUGUACCACUACCAAGUCAAGUAAUUUCAACUUCUAAUGAUACCAAACAAAGUUAUGAAGAUAAUCAGGGGAAUUAUGUUUUGAAAGCUUUUAUCUCUCACAUGGGAACAUCACCACAUUCAGGCCAUUAUGUAGUACACAUCAGAAUUGAAAACACAUGGUACAUAUACAAUGACGAAAAAGUUGCUAUCAGUCAAAAUCCACCCUUCUCUUUGGGAUACAUAUAUAUGUAUGAAAGGGUUUAA